ACGUGACUUUGUUGAGACCCUGGAGUAGGUAGGCAAUCAACCUCCCACUCCAGAACAGUAGGUGGCGAUAUAUGCACAUUAACGUUAUAUAAACCAAUACGUAGAAGAAAAAUACGCCGACUAAGAAAAAUUGGAUCGACUGUUUACUACAGCGCGACUCAUUAGGGUUUUAACAUUAAAAAAAUAUAUAUAGAUUUACAUCAACAUGCCAGCUGAAAGUCUGAGAUGGGAGACGCUCGGAGCUUUGAAAAACUCUCCAAAAGCAAAAAUCAAAUACAGUCCAGACUGGCUCGAGAAGGGCGAGGACAUUUUAGCAGGCUGUAAAGAGGUAACCAGUCUGUCCCCACUCUCUGAAGAAGUUCUAAAGAGACUGAGCCCAAGCUUUCUGCAGAAAAGUAGUUCUGGCUCAGAUUUCAUGAUCCCUGAUGCAAGUACACCUGAAAAUGAGCUCAACUGUGGUUCAGCUGCUGUUAAAAUAUACCAUACACGUCUUAAUAUAUCAUCCACUUCACCACUGCCACUCACUGUUGAAAAGAAGGUGACUGACAAUAUAUCAGAAAGUUUGAGCUCCACCUCAGACAUAUGCACCAGUUCACAACAACCUAUUUCUCUUUUCUCACCUAAGGCCACUCAGAUGGCAGGGUGUAUUCGCAUCUGUGAGAAGAAACACUGGAAUAAAGCCAAGACAGAGCUGAAUGUGAGGCAGGAGCUCCAGGAAUGUGUGGUAGCUGGUGUUGCCAGUCUGGAGUCAGAGCAGCUUAAACGCUUUGAGGAGUUUAUGGAGCUUAAGCAGAGACAGGAGUACCAGAGCAUGAGGGACAUGAUGGAAAAAGAAACACAGGAAAGCCUUGGACGCCAGGAGAAAUUAAAGGAAGAGCACAGACACAGAAUGAAGAUCUUAAACCUGCGGCUGCGGGAGGCAGAACAACAGAGGCUGAGGGAAGCAGAGCUUGAGCGGCAGAGGCAACUGGAUGGCAGGGAUAGGCUGAGGGCACUCAAUGCUGUUCAAGAGGAGGUCCUUAGACUCAUUCAGCUCCUGAAACCGCCACCUUACACACAAACAAACCCUACUUUGGACUAUACUUCUUAUAUCACUCGUGGCAACCAGCUUUGUUCACAGGUUUCCGAGGUGGUACAUGCGACAACUGAAGGACAGUUUCCAACUGUUGAGGACAUGACUGUUGCGGAAAGGGCACUUCAUGAAAUGAGGGCGCUAGUUAGAGCCAUCCAGGCGGAGCUUGCUCAAGAGAAAAAGAAGACUGAGCAGGAAGAACAUGAGUGCAGGACGAAACAAACAGAGGUGAAAACCCAGCAAGAAGAACUGGACAAAAUUGCAAGAUUAUCCGAUAAAGAGAACACUAAAACACAAGGCCUGCAAAAUAUAGCGGAUGACAGCACCUUGAAAUGGUACAAGGAACUGCAAACUUUGGCCAGCCACUGUGCCCACUCAUUUGAAGAUUUAAACAGCAAAAAGGAUAUUCAGACAAAAAAAAUGAGGAUGGAGCUUCAGAAAGCUGCAACAAUUCCUGUGAGCCAAAUCUCCAGUAUCUCAGGUUCCCAGCUAAAGGAGAUUUUUGACAAGAUUGACAAACUGUUAUUAGGGCGACAAGUUGUGUCUGGUGGAAAGUCAGUUUCUACACUCCAGCAUCCUCGUGGACUGGAAUUCGUAAGCUAUAAAUUGGCAGAAAAAUUUGUGAAACAAGGAGAAGAAGAAGUGGCAUCUCACCAUGAAGCUGCAUUCCCCAUUGCAGUUGUGGCUUCAGGUGUCUGGGAGUUACACCCUAAAGUGGGAGAACUUAUCUUAGCUCAUCUCCAUAAGAAAUGCCCAUAUGCUGUUCCUUACUACCCCCCAAUGAAGGAUAGCAUGUCCAUUGAAGAAUAUCAACAGAUUCUAGGAUAUCGUGUGGAUGAGUCAGGGGUGGAAGGCCAGGACAGUUUCCUAAAAAGGAUGUCUGGAAUGAUCCGACUCUAUGCAGCCAUAAUACAAUUAAGAUGGCCUUACAUUAACAAACAAGGGCCUGGUCCUCAUGGACUUAAUCAUGGCUGGCGUUGGUUGGCUCAGAUGCUGAACAUGGAACCUCUAGCUGAUGUUACAGCAACUCUUCUGUUUGACUUUUUAGAGGUAUGUGGAAAUGCACUUAUGAAACAAUACCAAGGGCAGUUUUGGAAACUUUUGCUUCUCAUCAAGGAGGAGUACUUUCCCAGGAUUGAAGCAGUUACCAACAGAGGUCAGAUGGGCUCCGUGAUGAGACUUAAGCAGUUUCUGGAGGUGAGAACUCCUUAAGAAACAAGCAGAUUGAGCUACCUAAAGGACAACUGAACUCUGCCUUCUGGAGAGCCUGAGGGUUGUGGUUGUUUAUCUUUCAACUACCUCAGUACUUGCUUAGAUGAAUCAUGAUCUGCUAAUAGCCAGUAUCAAAGUUUAAUAUCAGAGUUAUUACUUAUUACGCACAUGUUACAAAUUUAAAAUAUUUUGUUUUAGACAUAAUAAACACUUUUUAGCCACUUUAAUUAUCCCCCCUCCCCAGUUACACACCUAAUGAUAACUGUUGCUCGUGAGGUGUUCUUAGCAUUUUGUGAUUUGAAAAAUGAAAUAUACUAGGCUAUAGCAGUUCUGGAAAUACUUCAGAGUGUGUAGUAUCAACCAUGCCACGGUCAUUAUUUGCACAGAUGUUUGUUGUGAAUAUUUACUUCUGCAUGAUCGCCUGCAUCAUGAUUGGCUCAGUUGAUAAUUUUGUGAAUGUACAGAGGCCCAAGGUGUACAUAUUUAAUGGAAUGUCAUUGGAAGAUUACUAAAAUCUACAUCAUGCUUACAGGUUUAUGACAAAUGUACAGACUGCAUGUCAUUGAUAGAAUAAGUAAUUGUUUUAAAAAUUUCCUGAAAAAAAAAAAAAAAGAGCUGAAAAAACACCUGAUUAAACUUGUAUACAAACAUGAA